AAUGUCCCUAUUCCAGCUGACUGUUGCAAGUCGAGAAUCUGUUACAUGACGUCUGCCAAUCCCGAAACUUUAACAUUGAUUAAUUUAUUUAUAUAUUUAAUCGCAUCUAUUAUCAUUAACUAACAAUUGUAACCGGCUAACAUGGACGACGAUAUAGCUGCUCUUCAGAGAUUGGAGCAACUUAUGACAGAAUUCUUCUCGCCUGAAACGAACAACGAACGAAAACGAUCGAUCGAGCAGAGUCUCCAGGAAUUCACAGCUCAGAUUAAUUCCUGGAGGCCCUGUCUUCACUUUUUAUCAUCUACAAACAAUCAUUAUGUCAGUAUGUUUGCUCUUACAACUCUCGAAACAACCAUUGGAAGACGGUGGCCAAUUUUGCCAUGGGAGGACAGAGCUCUUAUCAGAUCCACAUUAUAUACUCUUUCGUUAGAACGAGGUGUAGCUCCAUUUGUUAGGAACAAGGUGGUUAAAUUGGUAGUUGAUAUAGCAAGACAUGACUGGCCACAUUUUUAUCCUGACUUCUUUUCGAACAUUUUACAGUUGUUAGGUCACAAGCACACAAGAUUAUUGGGUCUGGUGUAUCUGAGAACAGCAUCCGAAGAAUUAGCAACACCACGCGAGGAUUUACCAGUUCAUAGAAAAGCUGAGCUGCUGCGGUUACUGAGUGCACAAGUAUCUCUAACUCUGGAUACAUUAACUGAUCUAUUAAUCGAAACAACUAGAAUGCAAAAUCGCUCAGGAACUGUUACACCACCACCUUCACCCACCGGAGGUCAAAAUUUGCCACUAGCACGUCCUGUCCUGGACGUUGAGGGAUUAGCGACUGGUAGUAGCGAAGUAUGUAUAGCUACUCUGGACGUUUUAGCACAUUUAUUUGGCUGGAUAACUCUGUCGGAGCAUAUAUCUUGCAAUCUACUGGACGCCAUAUUUUCCUGCGCUAAAUAUCAUGAUUCAAUGAACGGGAAACAAAUAGAAAUGGCUAUACAGGCGAUGACAACAAUAAAUGAACUUUUAUAUCGGCCAUGCUCGCCCAGUGCCACUGAGCGACUGUUGUUACAAAUAUUUCAAAAUGGUGUGGCACUCUUUCAAAUCAUGGAACGGCUGGAUGCCAUUGACGAAAGCUACAUGGAAAAAACGACGGAAUUUUUACAAUUGUUUGUAACGAAUCAUUUAAAGAGAGUGGAGUCCUGUCCAAAAUUUCCAGUUAACACUUUACUGGAAAUCUUAUAUCAUCAUACGUUUCAGCAAUGCUCAACAAUCAAUGGUUAUCUGCGUUGCUUAGAAGUUUGGAUUAUCCUGUUAGAAAGUACACAGUCAAGAUACGCCACUGUAGCAUUAGCCCUUGCAGAACGCGUCCAGCAGAAAAUUAGUUUCAAGCUAGAUUCGCAAACCUUAAAGGAUCUGGACGUGGAAACACUGGAUGAAAAUGAAGAAACAGAAUGGCAACAUUAUCUCCGGCGCAACGUAGAAUGUUUAGCUAAAGUAGCGGAUAUAUCACCCAUCCCAGUAUUCACAAUAUUAUAUCGUUCCUGGAGAGAAGGACUGACAGUGUAUGGUGAACUAGGAUCAGCAAUCGCUAACGGACAAGUGAUACUAUUAAAUGAAACCGAAGCAUCAAACGUCCACGCGCAUUUAAGAGACUUAGCAUCGACAACUCAGGCCUUGGCCAGACUGUACACACAUUUCGUAGGAGAGCAGCAAGGAGUGGAUCAAUCAUUGGCGGAGGAGCUGGUGUCGCAAACUUUGGAUGCCUGCAAUUUCGCCAGGGAUCAUCGAUUAUUUGCGGCAGCAGUUCAACCAGCUGUGAUAGUAAUGGAUCUUAUUGAAGUGCACUCUCAGUUACUGGCAUCCCUUCAAGCCUGGUCUCACUGGAUAGCUAAGAGACCAGACAAGUCAAAAGAGGCCUUGUGCCAGCAUUGCGUACUCUCUUGUAUUUGGGCCUUGACCUAUAUUCCUCCUCCGGAUGCACCACCAUCAUCUUUAAUCCAUUCCGGAGCUCAUCUCUUACAAAGUGUCAUAGCUAUUCUCAAACCCAACUUGUGGGACCAACCUAUAUUCAGGGACUUACUCUGUCUUGGGACUUAUCCUUACCUUAAGCCUGAUACCGUAAAAGUUUUGAGACGAGCACUAGUAAAUGGGAUUAUUUUACCUGUUGGAGAUGCUGCAGUUAGACAGAGAUUAAUGGGUAUAAUGGUAGGAGCCUUAUCAGAACCAUUGGGUCAAUUAGGACGACCUGCACCACCGGAAACAACAGUAUCGACAGCAGUGAUAACUUUAAAGCAACUUCUUGAGGAUUGUUGUUCCUCGUCGACGGUUAUUAAGAAAUUACUUCACGUUUGUCUGGAAUCAACAGUCAACAGAACCCUAGAGUUGUUACCUGAGAUGGUACGAUGCCAAGGAACUUGUGAAAUGCUACUAGGAUUUUUGCAUGCAGCAUUUCGAGUGCUACAGCAACAACUUGGGCCAGAAUUUACUCAAAAUGCAGUACAAGGGAUGCUUCAUAUUUACACACGGGAAAAUAUUUCUGCUGGUCCAGCCUUGGAACAAUUGUUAGAAAUUCUUAUACUGGUUGUAUCAGCACCUAGUAAUGCAUUUAAAGCAUUUGUUCCUUCUGUGACUGGUUUGUGCUUAGGACAUGUCUGGCCAGCUGUUGGCAAUAAUCUAAGUGCCCACCCGGAUACAACCCUGGUACUCCUACGACUGCUCUAUAGUAUUUUAAUGCAUCGGUGGCAAUAUUUCUAUGACGCUUCGGUCUUGAGGACGUUUGGACAACACGACACAGAUGAGCCACUUGAGCACAAAAAAGAGGAAUUAGUCGCCAUUUUGGAAGCCUUUGGUCAAGCACUCUUACAGCCAGAUGUUAAUAUAUUCCGUCAAAGUUUACAAAGCCUUGAACAACUUAAUGGACGAUGGCGACUCUAUCAACGUUCUGUCUUCAAGGAUCAUUUACUAGAAAGAUUCCUAAUGGCGCUCUUCACAGUCUUAUUUCAGCGAACACACAAUUUGUUGGCUGACGAAAUUGCCACUGCUGUGCACAGCUUGGCCGUUGUUGACAUCCGCUGGUUCUUUGGACAUUUCCUACCCAAAUUUUUAUCCAAUUGCGAAGGUCUAGAUAAUGUGCAAAGGUGUACGCUUUUGGAGAAUUUCGACAAAGCUACGGAUCAACCUACGUUAACGAGAUCCGUACUCAGAUUGAUAUCGGAUCUACGGUGCUAUCAAUUGUGUAGAUCCUAAAAACCAUAGACUUGAAAGAGAAAGAAAAAAAUAUUGUUUCCCAAGGACCGCAUCUGGUAUUUAAACGAUACAAAAGUAUUGAAGUAGUAGGAAUGAAGUUUCCUACGCAGAGAAAAUGUAAAAUAAGGCAUUUGUGAUACAAUAUUCUACAUGAUCCACUGCCGUAUAUGUAAUACAACUUUACAAGAGAAAAUUUAAUAUUAUAAAUAAAACAAAAACGUUUUUUAUAUAUACUAUA